AUGGAAUGCUUCGGCCCCGCGCGGAACUCCACGCGAUAUGGGGGCUGCUAUUAUCUACAGCUCCACCGCGGCAGUCGGUUCGCACCCGUGCAGGGUCUCGUGGAUACGCCGUUGGAUGGGUGGGCCCGGGCAGCUAAGGUUCAGGGCGCGCGGGGCGUACAGAUCGGCGACAAGGUUAGCUGCGUGUUGAUGAUGGAGGAACGCUGCCUGCGCUACGAAUGGAAUGGCAUCGACUGUGGAAUUGCCUUCCGAAACGUGGAUAUGGCUCGGUCGUUGUUUCCGGCGGUGGAAAUAAAUAGCUCGGGGUAUGAAGUUGAGUUGGUUUAA